CAACACACUAACCCCCAGGUGAAUACAAAGCUCCUGCUGAUCUCACACUGACAGAUUUCUGUUCUCCAUUUGAACACAGAGGCCUCUGUCAUGGACGCAACAGCUUACAUGAUUUUUGACUUGGAUGCUUAUCUAAGUGAGUUACAAAGGUUCGCAGAGGAUGGCAUUGAACAAGAGCCUGAUAACCAAGAACUGACACAGUUUGGUGAUGCUACUGCUGCUGGAACUGAGAAAAAAAAAAAAAAAAAAGUCAAACAGCCUUCUUGUAGAAAAAACAAAGUCAGGGCAGCCCUGCUCAAUGUUCGGUCAAUUGGGAAUAAAUUAGAGGAUGUCAAAGAGCUCAUAAAAAAUAAUGACCUGGAUGUCUUCCUCGCAACAGAGACUUGGAUAAAAAGCAAUAACCCCAUAGAGAAAGCUUUGUCUGAAUUCGAAGUCUACCAUAAUCCAAGGGAGGACAGACGAGGGGGAGGGGUUGCUGUUUUAGUCUUAAAAGCUUUGAUAAUUGAAGAUGGUGAUGCUCCACUCCAAUUUCAGGCACACGCAUUUGAGUAUGUGGCUGUGAAGCUAAAACGUAAACAAUGGUCACAACCUGCUCUAUUGAUCAAUGUGUAUCGCCCACCAGGAGGAACUUUUAGAGACUUCAAGGUAGACUUUGAGAAGCUCUUGGAUGAGGCUUUCACCAAAUUUGAACAAGUCAUUUUGACCGGAGAUCUCAAUGGUAAAUGGAAGACGUUUCCAGAUUAUUUGCGUGAAAAAGGGUUGAAACAGCAUGUAGAGGAGCCAACACAUGACAAAGGUAACACACUGGAUGUGAUCAUCACCAAAAUAAAUCUGUUUAAAAUCUCAAAACCAGAAGUGAAGGAUGAUGGGAUAUCUGACCACUACACUGUCUAUUUCAACAUAAGAGAAGGCAAUGCAGAAGAAAAGAGAACGUGACUGCAAAGGAAAGCAAAAAAGAAAAAUACGGCCAACAGAACAUAAGUUAAAGGCUAAAGAGAAAUAAGAGAACAAUGAAUCGGUACAGGGUUUGGAUCAGAUAUUAUUAAUUGUUUUCAUCAUUAAUUUAAAAAAAGGGUUGUGAAGAGUCUUUUACAGAUACAAUUAUCAAGGAGAAUGAUCAGCAGGGAUAAGACGAAUAAAUGACUGUAUAUUUUUUAUGAUUGUGUUUUCUGAUUUAUUUUAA